AGUAGUAGUAGUAGUAGUAGUAGUAGUAGUAGUAGUAGUAGUAGUAGUAGUAGUAGUAGUAGUAGUAGUAGUAGUAGUAGUAGUAGUAGUAGUAGUAGUAGUAGUAGUAGUAGUAGUAGUAGUAGUAGUAGUAGUAGUAGUAGUAGUAGUAGUAGUAGUAGUAGUAGUAGUAGUAGUAGUAGUAGUAGUAGUAGUAGUAGUAGUAGUAGUAGUAGUAGUAGUAGUAGUAGUAGUAGUAGUAGUAGUAGUAGUAGUAGUAGUAGUAGUAGUAGUAGUAGUAGUAGUAGUAGUAGUAGUAGUAGUAGUAGUAGUAGUAGUAGUAGUAGUAGUAGUAGUAGUAGUAGUAGUAGUAGUAGUAGUAGUAGUAGUAGUAGUAGUAGUAGUAGUAGUAGUAGUAGUAGUAGUAGUAGUAGUAGUAGUAGUAGUAGUAGUAGUAGUAGUAGUAGUAGUAGUAGUAGUAGUAGUAGUAGUAGUAGUAGUAGUAGUAGUAGUAGUAGUAGUAGUAGUAGUAGUAGUAGUAGUAGUAGUAGUAGUAGUAGUAGUAGUAGUAGUAGUAGUAGUAGUAGUAGUAGUAGUAGUAGUAGUAGUAGUAGUAGUAGUAGUAGUAGUAGUAGUAGUAGUAGUAGUAGUAGUAGUAGUAGUAGUAGUAGUAGUAGUAGUAGUAGUAGUAGUAGUAGUAGUAGUAGUAGUAGUAGUAGUAGUAGUAGUAGUAGUAGUAGUAGUAGUAGUAGUAGUAGUAGUAGUAGUAGUAGUAGUAGUAGUAGUAGUAGUAGUAGUAGUAGUAGUAGUAGUAGUAGUAGUAGUAGUAGUAGUAGUAGUAGUAGUAGUAGUAGUAGUAGUAGUAGUAGUAGUAGUAGUAGUAGUAGUAGUAGUAGUAGUAGUAGUAGUAGUAGUAGUAGUAGUAGUAGUAGUAGUAGUAGUAGUAGUAGUAGUAGUAGUAGUAGUAGUAGUAGUAGUAGUAGUAGUAGUAGUAGUAGUAGUAGUAGUAGUAGUAGUAGUAGUAGUAGUAGUAGUAGUAGUAGUAGUAGUAGUAGUAGUAGUAGUAGUAGUAGUAGUAGUAGUAGUAGUAGUAGUAGUAGUAGUAGUAGUAGUAGUAGUAGUAGUAGUAGUAGUAGUAGUAGUAGUAGUAGUAGUAGUAGUAGUAGUAGUAGUAGUAGUAGUAGUAGUAGU